GAGUCCAUACAGUAAAAAACCAAGUUCAGUUCCUUAUCCUAAUUUCUUCAUUAAAGAAAAAAGAAUACUAAAGGGUUAACAACAAUAUGGCUUUUUCCAAUUUCCUACCUGCUUAUCCUACUACUACUGUUCUUAUUUUUUCACUUCUUUUUGUUCUUGUACCUACCACCCAUUCACAAACCUUUGGUAACUUACCUGCAGGCCCCACCGUGUCGUCGUGUGGGCCACUCCUGUUACAAUUGGUUCCAUGUGGACCAUUCGUGCAAGGCGCGUCGCCAUCACCGGUAGAUCAGUGUUGCAGUAACCUCAGGCAACUCUAUAACCAGCAACCAGGUUGUCUUUGCCUGUUGCUCAAUCAAACAAGCCUCAGCUCUCUUCCUAUCAACACCACAUUAGCUCUUCAGUUACCACUUCUUUGUAACAUGCAUGUUGACAGAUCUACCUGUUCAGUUUCUGAAGGAUUGUCUCCUAAUGCACCAACACCUCAAGUUUCCUUUGGGACAAAAACCAAUUCAACUGUUGCUGCUUCGCCGAUGCAGACAGUAGCACCUAAGACAACCAGCAUUUUGGGAUUUGGCUUUCACAAUAGCUCUGCUUCUGCUGUAAACUAUAAUGCGAAGGAGAGUUUGAUGAUCACAGUGCUUACUUCUUGGGGUGCAUUACUCUGGCUCUAACCGUUUCUGUAUUAUUUGACUAAAAGUUUAGCUCAGACAAAUGUAUGUAGUUUACUGUUCCAACAAAGAAAUCUUCAGAUUUAAGACACUAUAAUCUCAACAAGAAGUACUACAACUUAGGAAAAAUGAUGAAGUAGGACUAAGAAUUUUGCAUACAGUAGACAUGAUAUGUAGCAAGUAUGUGCUUUAGGUACACUUAUUGUAACAGAAAUGUUGUUCUAUUACAGAUUAGUUUGUCCACUCAUUUUUAAA